AUGCAUCUCAACCAACUGCUUCUUCUUAAACAGUGCUUGAAAAGAUCUCAAAGCGACCCUUUCAUCCACGCCACCAUCGAAUACACUUGGCGGAAGGCAGACCGAGCAGCGCACCAGAGGCCGGAAUAUGACGGCCUAGAGGGAGCCAGAGCAGACGAUUUGGCUCUCACACUAGAAGCACAUCUUGAAAAAUUGAUAAUCCGGCCCCUACAGGAGGUCCUGGAGAAAGCAGACUCGGCUCAAAAAAUAUUACAAGACUUGCAGGUUUUGAAAACUCGGUUCCAAAAUUCUUUAACCCCACUCGGGGUGGACUGGAGCUCGCCACUUGACAACAGAAAUGAUUUUUUAGAGCAGUUGCGAUGGAACGACGCCUCAGCUCUUGCAAAACUUACAUCGCGCAAAGAUGUGACGUUGUUUAGAGAAUACACGCAGGCCGCAUUUACCGAUGAUGGGGCCCAGGCGCGUUCCAUCUUGGGCUCUCGAUGGAAUCAGCUGAUGAUUGAGGUGAAAGAGUGCAUGGAUGCUGAGAUUGGGCUGGAAUCUCAAAUUGAUAGUCUUGCUCAGGUCUUCCACAAUAUUCGCAACUACUAUUCUUUGACAGCCGUGGUACAGGGCAUCCAGGCAAGUGGCUUGCAAACAAAGUGCUCAAGAAAGUACGGCAAGCUUGUCGACCCCACCGGUGGCUACCAAGCUUAUCGUAGGAGCACGGCCGAGAGCCCCUCGCUGCAUUUUCUGUUGCCAGCACUGUCUGCAUUGGCGCGCAAUGAUUUGAGCUAUGCAGAAUUAGUGUCAGCGGAUAUUGCACUGUACGUUGAAGAGUAUUGUUAUCCGAAGUUCAGAAUGCACCUUGAGCACGGAGCUGCUCCGGAAUUCUAUGGGCAUCUGGGCUGCCCGUGGGUAGAAGACAAAUCGCUUGAUAAAUCUACUGUUUGGACCUUUUUGACUGCCUGCUUCAGGCGCUAG